GUUCGCACGAGCGCCAAGGAAAAAAAUCCGCUCUUUCUAAUUCGAGAUCCUGUCGGUGCCUGACAAAACCUAGCACCGCGAGAUACAAACCGAAAGGGGAGGGACGAAUCGCACGACGUGCGCGGUUGUAGCAGGACUACCCAAGGCUGGCUGUUCACUACUGGGAGGCAUGGCACAGACUAACAGCUAUGGACAGAGCAGCAAUGGAGUAGCUGAUGAGUCUCCCAACAUGCUUGUCUACAGAAAAAUGGAGGAUAUUAUCGCUCGAAUGCAGGACGAGAAGAACGGCAUUCCCAUUCGAACAGUGAAGAGUUUUUUGUCCAAGAUUCCCAGUGUCUUUUCAGGUUCAGACAUUGUGCAGUGGAUGAUCAAAAACCUAGACAUUGAAGAUCAAGUUGAGGCUCUUCACCUGGGAACUCUGAUGUCUGCCCAUGGCUAUUUCUUUCCCAUCUCAGACCACGUGCUCACACUGAAGGAUGAUGGGACAUUUUAUAGAUUUCAGACUCCCUACUUUUGGCCUUCAAACUGCUGGGAACCAGAGAACACUGAUUAUGCCGUUUACCUCUGUAAGCGGACCAUGCAGAAUAAAGCCCGGCUGGAACUUGCUGACUAUGAAGCUGAAAGUUUAGCGCGGCUACAGAGGGCUUUCGCACGGAAAUGGGAGUUUAUAUUUAUGCAAGCAGAAGCACAAGCUAAAGUGGAUAAGAAACGGGACAAAAUCGAGCGGAAGAUUCUAGACAGUCAAGAGCGAGCUUUCUGGGAUGUGCACAGACCCGUGCCUGGCUGUGUGAAUACGACAGAAGCCGACAUCAAGAAAUCCUCCAGGAUGAAACAGCCUCACAAAACACGCAAGUCAGUGUACGGUUUACAGAAUGACGUCCGCAGUCACAGUCCCACACACACCAGCACACCUGAGCUUAAAGAGCCCACUGAAGAGGAGCUACAAGAACAGAUACAGUAUUGGCAAGCACAGUUGGACAGACAUCGGUUAAAAAUGUCCAAAGUUGCAGAAAGUUUGUUGAGCUACACAGAGCAGUACAUAGAGUACGACCCCUUCCUAACCUCACCUGAGACAUCAAACCCCUGGAUCUCAGACGACAAUGCUCUCUGGGAACUGGAAGCCAGUAAGGAGCCGGUUCAGCAGAGGGUGCGGCGCUGGGGUUUUGGGUGUGAUGAGGUUCUGAAGGAUCCUGUAGGAAGAGACCAGUUCCUGAAGUUCCUGGAAUCUGAAUUCAGCUCAGAGAACCUGUGGUUUUGGCUUGCUGUGCAGGAGCUUAAGAAGCAGCCGAUCCGUAAGGUGCCCAAUCAAGUGCAGGAGAUCUGGGAUGAGUUUCUGGCCCCCGGAGCCCCAAGUGCCAUCAACCUGGACUCCAAGAGCUACGAUAAGACCAUGCAGAAUGUCAAAGACCCCGGACGCUACACGUUUGAAGAUGCUCAGGAGCACAUCUAUAAGCUGAUGAAGAGCGACUCAUACAGCCGCUUUAUUCGAUCCAGUGCCUACCAGGAGCUUUUACAGGCCAAGAAGAAGAAAAGCAAGAAUUUGUUCUGAAGAAGUGGAUGCUGGGUCACUAGAUUUCUGUCUGUGUGUAGGACGUCAGAGAUACGAUCCUCAGGCAUCUACAGUACCAUCCUGUAAAACUGCGUCACACAUCAUCUGAAGAGGAAGAGGAAGAGGAGCGUGUGAUUUGUACAUUACUGUAAUCUACUGUGCUUCAUAAUAAACCCACAAGGAGGUAGAGCCUUCAAGUCAUUGCAUGUCUGAUAAACAGAGGUAAAAGGUGGCUUUUUUUUUUUCCAUCGUUCAUCAUCUGCUCAUGAGGAGGACUCAACUACCCCACCAACCCCUCUGCCCCCAUUAGCCUUCCCCUAACCUUUCAUUUCAGGGUUACUUCCUUUAUUUUCACAUAUCAGCUUUAGCUGUGUUUUGUGAACUGAGAAUAGGAA